AUGAAUUUAUCUAAAUUUGCUAUUGCUUCUGAAAGAGUACCGACUAAUGAGCUUGAAACAUGGGACGAAAACGCAACUGGAUGGGAAGAAGAAACUGUCGAAGAAUUUGGCGAUCCAACAGAAGAAAUUCGCGAGCAAAGACGACGUGAACGGGAAAGAAGAUUGUACGAGCAGCAUCAAAGGCGUAUGGACUACAAUUUCCGACCUCCACCAUUAGGCGAAAAAAUAAACUCCUGA